AAAAAAGAAUCGAUUAUUUUUGCCACCUGUCAAAAUAAACUUAACCUUACUUCCCUAAAUUUAUUAUUUAUUUAAUAUUAUUCUUACUAAAAAUUCAAUCUAUUAUACAUGGAUAUUAGUGCGUUUUCCAAUGACGACUUUGAUACGAAAGAAUGGGUUAACGAAAUUCUCAAGCAUUCCGAGAAAGCGCAAGACAGUAACUAUACGAUGUCUUUGGUAAUGAAACUUCAAUUAUAUGUUCAACAAGUAAAUAACGCUUUAGAAGAUACAAGUCAGCAAGUUCUGGCGUCUUUACCGAAAAUAUUAAGAGACGUUAAAAGCCUCCAACAAGAAGCGGUGUUAUUAAAAGAAAAAAUGGCAACCGUAAGAGCUGAAAUCGAGAAAAUAGAACACGAUACAGGUCAAUCUAUUUCGAAUAUAGAAAAACUUGAUUCGAUGCAAAAUAAAUUGAUUUUAGCUAAACAAGGGUUACACGAAAGCGACAAUUGGACCAUCCUUGUUAACGAUUUAGAGGAAGUUUUUGAUUCUAAAAACAUUGAAAAUAUAUCAAACAAAAUUUUAGGAAUGCAGAAUUCUUUAAAACUCCUAAUCAACUUGGAAGAUUAUGAAAAUAGACGUCUCCAGUUAGAAGAACUGAAAAAUCGUUUAGAAGCUAUAUCAAGUCCGGCUAUUGUACAAGCUUUCACUAUACACAACACAGAACAGUCUCAAAUGUUCGUACAAAUAUUUUCUUCAAUAGACCGACUACCUCAACUUUUAAAAUACUAUAAAAAAUGUCAAAAAGAUCUUUUAUUACAAAAUUGGUCGAACCAAUUAGAAAUUGAACAAGACGAAUCAACUAUUCAGUUAAUUCACAAUUAUUUCAAUCAUUUAUUAUCAAAUUGGCACACGCAGUAUCGUUGGUUCAAUCAAGUAUUCACAGGAUUAUCUGCUGUGCAAAACUUGAUAGAUAUUUACACGGACGUUUUAAAAUCUUUAAACCCAACUCUAAAUGAAUGCAUUGAUACUACGUUGAAACAAAUAUCAGUUGCCGAUAAAUUGGGGUUGUUAGGGGAAAUUAAACAAUCAACUGUACAAUUUAAUGAGAAUUUGAUGAGUAUUAUUGCCCAAACUGCACAAGUAAAACCCCAUCCUGACGAAUUGCUGGCUCUUAGAAAAUCGAUUUUCUCUCAUUUAAUACCCUACGUGAAUAAGUACGGUUCUUAUGAACAAGCUAAUUUAUUAAAAUAUCUCCCAACAUUGAAUUGUAUGAAAGAAGAACUUCCUGAUACUAUUCAGUCUUUGGGGCUCAGUAUACCUUCUGUUAUCGAUUAUUGUAGCGAAGCAAAGAGGAGAUGUAAAGAAAUUACCGAAAAUUGUGGUUAUUGCGGACUGUUGGUGGCUUUAAGGGCGUUUUUAUUGGGAUAUGCUGAUUUUUAUAGAGUGGCUCUUAGGCAGAUCGAUAGAAAUAAGCGAUCCGAAGAAGAUUGGAUGAUAUUCCAACUGUGUUUUUCCCUUCUCCAAAACACAGGUGAAGUAAUAUCUAAAUUGCAACAAUUCGAAAAAGAUCUAACGAACCAAAUACUAGAUUUAAAUCAAAAGGAAACCGUCAAUUUCAAAAUUUUGUUACUAAACGAAUCAGAUCUAAAAGAAUUCGAUUCACUAGUGAAAUGCGUUACCGAAGGUACAAGAUUAUCGUUAUUGGAUUCAGUUACAUCAGAAUUCGUUCGAUUAUCCGGAGACAUACACCACACGACUUACCAAGUUGUUUUCGCCCCGAUUUCCGUCCAUUUGGACGUCGUGCAAGCGCCAAAUACUUGGAACCAAUUCGAGGGAAGUACCAUGAACGAUUUACCGGAUUACAGCUUCGUACCACAAGAAUACAUAACGCAAAUAGGUCAGUAUUUAUUGAUCCUGCCGCAGCAUCUGGAACCGUUUCUAUUCAAGGAUAACCCGUUUUUGUCGUGCGCUCUGAAAUCCGCCGAUCAGGAAUACAACAACGCUCUCGAAGGUGAAAGGACUUUGGCACAAGUCUUUUUAACUAUAAUAGCGGACGGUACUUGCCAGUAUUUUAUUGAUAAGAUCCUUUCGAUAUGCGAGUUGAGUCCUGGGGCUAGUAGACAGUUGGCCCACGAUAUAAGUUAUCUUCAGAAUAUAUUCGAGGAAUUAGGUUUGUCCUUAUCGGAUAAUCUACAGCAGUUAUCGAUUUUAUUGAAGAUACCUGUGGAGCAGUAUCAGGCUCAAAGUAGCGGUUGUUCUGCUAGAUUGGUGGCCGCUGUGAGACAAAUGAGGAACAUAAAAUCGGCUAAUUGAUGAGAAAAAAAAAAUCGUUGUGUUGUCUGUGCUUCGGUAUUGUCUUCUGUUGCAUUUGAACUACCGGAAACUGUUAAAACGAAAAACCGUGUUAUUAAUUAGUGGUGAAAUGAAAGCUUCUGUUUUUAUAAAAAAUUUUAAUAAAUAAAAAAUCUACAUAAAAAUUUGGAAACGUCAAACGUAUAAUGAGGUAUGUCGCCGGGCGUUUUCGCAAUAAAAAAAAUUGCGAAAUUGCCUGCAACAUAAAUCAUUUCUUAAAUCAAAUAUAUUAUUACGGUUAAACCAGAUCGAUAAAUAUGAAUUCGUGAAAUCGAAUACGCUGUUCGUAAAAUGAGUGUUGGUACAUUUGAACUACUUUAAUAAAUCUAACGAUACCAAUUAAAUAACUGUAAAUUCGAUAUCGGUACGUUUGAACUACUUUACGUUGUGCCUAGGAGUUUCCAGUGAUGCUGGACAGAAAUUCGGUACAUUUGAACUAAUUUAUACUGUCCAAGAGUUUGUGUUAAUGCUGAGCGGUAUUAUUGCAAUAAAAUUGAAGCUUUCAACGAGAUAUCGAGGAGAAUUAUUAUUUGUUUUCGUUGGUACAGAAAUAAUUGAAAAAUAUCAUAGUUUGAGGGAAAAAUGAAGUUUGAAGAGAAUUAUUGUCGUCGUUAUAUUUGAACUACUUCAAGAAAUCUGACGAUACCAAUCGAAUAACUCUAAAUUUGAUAUCAAUACUUUGGUACAUUUGAACUACUUUAUGUCGGCCAGGAGUUUCUGUUGAUGCCGAACAAUUUGGUACAUUUGAACUAAUUCAAUAAAUCCGGCGAUACCAAUCUGGUUACAAAAAUUGAUACAUUCGAACUACUUUACAAAAAAAAUGUGGAUCAAAGUUUGAAGUGAAUUAUUCGUGUUGGUGCAUUUGAACUACUUUAAUGAAUUUGGCGAUGCUAAUAAAAUUACUCAAAAAUCUAAUUAUUUUAUUCAAUUUUUUACUUUUUAGAGUAUGUCUAUUUCUAAAAGAAAUUUCGGUUAAAAAAGGCCUAAAAUCAAGACAAAGUAGUAGUACAUUUGAACUACUUUAUUUUAUUUGGGAGUUUUCCUAACGAUACAGGUCAUUAAAGAUAAAUCCGUGUGAUUUUGUUGAAACAGAAAGAUAUUUUUACAAAAAAAAAAUUCAAAAAUAUUGUUAUAGUCCAUUCAUACUGUUUGGGCGAAGAAAUAUUCGAAAAUGAAACUAUGGAGAUAAUUUUUCUGGUUAAUACAAUUGAACUACUUCAAUGAAUCUCCCGAUAUCAAUCAAAAUACUCAGUAAUUUCUGAUAAUGUAACCAAACAUUGGUACAUUCGAACUACUUCGUUUUGUUUAAAAGGUUCUCUUGUUGAACAGCAUUUUUGCAGUAAAAUUGAAUCUUUGCUCUAUUUGUUGAAGCAAAAAGGCAUUUUCACAAAAAAAAUGUCAUUUGUACUGUUUGGGCGAAGAAAAAUUCGAAAGUUAUUUGAUACAUUAGAACUACUUCAAUAAAUCGGCCGAUAUCAAUCAAAUUACUCCAAAAUUUCAGACCCUUUUAUAUGUUUUUGUUAUUCAAAACAGAACUGUAAAAAAAUUGGUACAUUUGAACUACUGUAUUGCACUAGCGAUACCAAUAUAUGGGGUAUAAAAAAAAUUGGUACAUUUGAACUACUCAGUUGCAACCGGCGAUACAAAUAUAUGAGGUACAUGAGAAUUGGUACAUUUGAACUACUUCGUUUUGUUUAAAAGUUUCUCUUGACGUUGAACAGCAUUUUUGCAAAAACAUUGAAGCAUUCAACGAUACAGAUCAAUAAAGAGAAUCUUUGCUCUAUUUGUUGAAGCAAAAAGGCAUUUUCACAAAAAAAAAUGUCAUUUGUACUGUUUGGGCGACGAAAAAUUCGAAAAUUAUUUGAUGCAUUAGAACUACUUCAAUAAAUCGGCCGAUAUCAAUCAAAUUACUCCAAAUUUGAUAUCAAACUUUGGUACAUUUGAACUACUUCGUUUUGUCUAUGUCACAACAGGAUUUUUUCGAUAAAAAAUGACAUUGAUAAGAGACCUUCCGUAUAAUUAUUCUUAUUUUUCAGACGCUUUUAUAUGUUUUUGUUACAGAAAACAGAACUGUAAAAAAAAAAUUAAUUUGGUACAUUUGAACUACUGUAUUGCACUAGCGAUACCAAUAUAUGGGGUAUAUAAAAAAAAUUGGUACAUUUGAACUACUCAAUUGCAACCGGCGAUACACAUAUAUGAGAAUUGGUACAUUUGAACUACUCCAAUAAAAUUGAGUAAUUUUUCUUUAAGAAAGCUUGGAGCUUAAAUGGAACAACGAACAGCGUAUUAUUUCCACAAAACGAUUAUUCCAAACCUUAUUCCUCGAAAACUUGAUAAAAAAAAUCACAGGGUUUCACUGGGCGUUUGAUUUUAAAUCGAAAAUAAAAAUAUGUUAUUGGAUAAUUUCAUUUUCCCGAUUAAGAAAAAUUCGGGAAAAUUAAUACUGAAAUAAACAACACGUUCGACGCGUUACUUGAUCAACGAUUGCGAUAAGAGGAAGAAGAUUUAGUUAAUUACAAAUUUAUAGUACAAUCGAAAUAGUCGUUAAUACUGAAUUUAUAUACAUAUUAAAGAAUUUGGGGUCGUUUGUAUUUGUUUCCGGACAGUAUUUAAAAUAUGAGUGUCAAAGGCUCUACAAAAAUCAACAAAAGGUAAGUGUGGUAUUUUUUUUAUUUCAUAAACACGUAAUUGACAUUAACACCUAAUCCGAUGAUGCAAAUUCUACGUUUUUAUAGAAGAAAUACCAUAGCAAGAACAAGAAGAAGAUAAAGGACGCAAAAUAAUUCCCAUUGUCUGUUUUGUAUGGUGUUAAUGGUAUUUAUAUGACAAAAAACGUUCAUUAACACCUCAAGAAGGGAUAGAAAUUGUUUGAAUUCAUUGGAAAGUGUAAUAAUGAGGAUUUCUUGACCAGAUAUUAGCCUGGAAAGUACCAGCAGACUCCAAAUGACUAAUAGUUCGAUACCAUUAGGUGUUAAUGUCAUUUAUAUGAAAAAAAAGGGUCAUUAACACCUCGAGUUGAUGGAAAAGGAUGAAAAUUGAGAUUCCUUGAAGAAAUAUAAGCUGGAAAGCACUAGCAGACUCGAAAUAACUGAUAGUUUGAUUCUGUUAGGUGUUAAUGUCAUCUAUAUGACACAAAACAUUUAUUAACACCUCAAAAAGGGAUAGAAUAUUCACGAAUUCCUGGAAAAUAAACAAAUUGAAAGGAAGAAGAGACUAGAAAAUCAAAAAUCGAUCAUAGUUUGAUUCUAUUAGGUGUUAAUGUCAUUAAUAUGACCAAAAACACUCAUUAACACCUCAAAGAGUAGUAGAAAUUCGGUGAAUUCAUUGAAAACGAUAAAAAUUGGAAUUUCUUUAUAAAAUUGAAAUAAAAAGAGACCAACGGGCCUAAAAUGACUGAUAGUUUGAUAUUGGUAGGUGUUAAUGUCACCUAAAUAGCAAAAAACACUCAUUAACACCUCAAAAAUGGAUAGAAAUGCUUUGAAUUUAUAGAAAAGAACAAAAAUUAGUUUUUUUGACAUACUGGAUCCAUCGGCAGACUCAAAAUGCUUGACAAUUUAAUUUUGUAUAGUGUUAAUGUCAUUAAUAUGACCAAAAACACUCAUUAACACCCCAAAGAGUAGUAGAAAUUCGGUGAAUCCAUUGAAAACGAUAAAAAUUGGAAUUUCUUUAUAAAAUUGAAAUAAAAAGAGACCAACAGGCCUAAAAUGACUGAUAGUUUGAUAUUGGUAGGUGUUAAUGUCACAUAAAUAGCAAAAAACACUCAUUAACACCUCAAAAAUGGAUAGAAAUGCUUUGAAUUUAUAGAAAAGAACAAAAAUUAGUUUUUUUGACAUACUGGAUCCAUCGGCAGACUCAAAAUGCUUGACAGUUUAAUUUUUGUAUAGUGUUAAUGUCAUUAAUAUGACCAAAAACACUCAUUAACACCUCAAAGAGUAGUAGAAAUUCGGUGAAUUCAUUGAAAACGAUAAAAAUUAGAAUUUCUUGAUAAAAUUGAAAUAAAAAGAGACCAACGGGCCUAAAAUGACUGAUAGUUUGAUAUUGGUAGGUGUUAAUGUCACCUAAAUAGCAAAAAACACUCAUUAACACCUCAAAAAUGGAUAGAAAUGCUUUGAAUUUAUAGAAAAGAACAAAAAUUAGUUUUUUUGACAUACUGGAUCCAUCGGCAGACUCAAAAUGCUUGACAAUUUAAUUUUGUAUAGUGUUAAUGUCAUUAAUAUGACCAAAAACACUCAUUAACACCCCAAAGAGUAGUAGAAAUUCGGUGAAUCCAUUGAAAACGAUAAAAAUUGGAAUUUCUUUAUAAAAUUGAAAUAAAAAGAGACCAACAGGCCUAAAAUGAUUGAUAGUUUGAUAUUGGUAGGUGUUAAUGUCACCUAAAUAGCAAAAAACACUCAUUAACACCUCAAAAAUGGAUAGAAAUGCUUUGAAUUUAUAGAAAAGAACGAAAAUUAGUUUUUUUGACAUACUGGAUCCAUCGGCAGACUCAAAAUGCUUGACAGUUUAAUUUUUGUAUAGUGUUAAUGUCAUUAAUAUGACCAAAAACACUCAUUAACACCUCAAAGAGUAGUAGAAAUUCGGUGAAUUCAUUGAAAACGAUAAAAAUUGGAAUUUCUUUAUAAAAUUGAAAUGAGAAGAGACCAACAGACUUAAAAUGACUGAUAGCUUGAUAUUGGUAGGUGUUAAUGUCACCUAAAUAGCAAAAAACACUCAUUAACACCUCAAAAAUGGAUAGAAAUGCUUUGAAUUUAUAGAAAAGAACGAAAAUUAGUUUUUUUGACAUACUGGAUCCAUCGGCAGACUCAAAAUGCUUGACAGUUUAAUUUUUGUAUAGUGUUAAUGUCAUUAAUAUGACCAAAAACACUCAUUAACACCUCAAAGAGUAGUAGAAAUUCGGUGAAUUCAUUGAAAACGAUAAAAAUUGGAAUUUCUUUAUAAAAUUGAAAUAAAAAGAGACCAACAGACUUAAAAUGACUGAUAGCUUGAUAUUGGUAGGUGUUAAUGUCACCUAAAUAGCAAAAAACACUCAUUAACACCUCAAAAAUGGAUAGAAAUGCUUUGAAUUUAUAGAAAAGAACAAAAAUUAGUUUUUUUGACAUACUGGAUCCAUCGGCAGACUCAAAAUGCUUGACAAUUUAAUUUUGUAUAGUGUUAAUGUCAUUAAUAUGACCAAAAACACUCAUUAACACCUCAAAGAGUAGUAGAAAUUCGGUGAAUUCAUUGAAAACGAUAAAAAUUAGAAUUUCUUGAUAAAAUUGAAAUAAAAAGAGACCAACGGGCCUAAAAUGACUGAUAGCUUGAUAUUGGUAGGUGUUAAUGUCAUCUAUAUGACAAAAAAGGGUGAUUAACAUCUCAAAAAGGGAUAGAAUUCGUUGAAUCCAUUGAAAAGGAUAAGGAUCAAGUUUAUUCUUUAAAAAAAAAAGGACAUAGGAAGAAACUAUCGGAAUCAAAAUGACAGAUUAGGUGUUAAUGUCAUUCAUAUGACAAAAAACUCUCAUUAACACCUCAAAUAGGGGUAAAAGGAGCCGUAAACUGGAUUUUACUUAAAAAAAUUGAUAAAUCUCGUUAAAAAUAUACCGAAUAAAAGAUAUUUUUAAAAAAAAUAACGCAUCCAUAUUCUAAAAAUUAACAAAAAUCGACGGAUUUCGAUGAACCGACUAUAAUUGUACCAUAAAACUCAUUUUUUUU